AUGUCCCCCGCCACCACCCGAUCCACCCCCGCCGAGCCCACCGCCGAAGUCGUCGUCGUCGUCGUCGAGGAGCCGAUCGAGUCCACCGCGGAAGCCCCCGCGGACGCGGAAGCCCCCGUCGCCGAGCCCACCGUCGCCGAGGCUCCCGCACACAACGACGCCGUCGCCGCCGCGGAAACCCCCGGAGACGAGGGGGACGAGCGCCCGGGAAGCGGCGACGUCGUCGUGAAGCGGGGAGACGAGAACACGCCCCCGACCAACGUCGACGCCGCCGACGUCGCGAUCGCCCCCGCGGAACCGCCCGCGGACGGCGUUACCGGCGCCGCCGCCGACGCCGCCGAAGCCGACGAAGCCGACGAAGCGCCGACGAAGGUGGACAGCUGUGUCGACAGCUGUGUCGCCAGCUGUGUCGCCGCGUCCGCCGCGGAGGAGACGCCGCCGCUCGCGGUCGAACCCGCGCCGCCGGUGGAGCCGGUAGAUGCGGAUGAGGCGAAGAAUGACGCGGGAGAGGAGGAGGACGCGGGCGUCGUCGCGGCCAAGCGCAAGAACGGGCCCGACGCCGACAACACAGCUGUCGAGCCCGCGAGCAAGGCUGCUAAGACCGCCGCCGCCGCCGCCGACACCGCCGCCGAGGCGACGGCCGCGUAG